AUGCAACAACGAAAAAGCGCUAAAGUUAGAAAAUCCACCAGCAAUUAUAAACUGCUGAAGACGAGUUGGGAGCACCAAGGUCGCAUCUUCUUCGAACAAAGCACUCUGCAUGGAGUUAGAUACAUUGCGGAAACUGGAAGACCUCUGAUUGAAAAGUUUCUGUGGUUCAUGUGCGUCGGAAUCGGUGCUACGGCGACUGUAGUCAUCAUCAUUAGUCUUUGGGAGAAGUUCCAAACGAAUCCGACGAUCACAGGUUUGGAUACAGACUUUCACACCUGGGACGUGCCGUUUCCAGCGGUUACCAUCUGUCAAAGCGUCCCUAGCAACGAAAGCAUCAUCGACGAUUUCAUCCAAAGGUUUUCCGAUAUGAAAGAUGUCGAUGAUAAAGAGAAAUUGAAAGAUUUCAUCGUGAAGCUCACGCAAUUAUCGUACACAACCAUCAACAGUUUCAAGGAUUACACCGAAAGCCAUUAUUUAGCUGAAGAUGUGAAUCUUAAAGCUUUUGUCUUCAAAUUGAUGAAUCCUUGUGACGAUAUACUGACGGAAUGCAUGUUCAAAUCGAGAUCGUACAACUGCUGCGAAAACUUUUUUCCGGUUUUCACCGAAUCCGGAUACUGCUAUUCCUUCAAUUCGCGUCACUACGAACUGAAAUCUCCUUGGUCUGAUGAUGAAAAUCCGCCAUUCGAGAUGAAGUAUAUCAAGGAAACGGACAGCAAAUGGUCUUUGAAGAUGUCCGUAGCAGAUGUAGAUCCACUCUACAACUAUUCGAUCUAUAUUCACAAUUCGGAUGAGAUUCCUGGAAUCGAAUCGAAACCGCAGCACAUUUGGGACUACAGGGUGGACAAAAUUAUGUUUUCUGUGAAGCAGACGUAUACGACAGAAGAUGCAAAACAGUUGAGCAUAAAGCAAAGGCACUGCGUUUUCGAGCACGAACUUAAACUCAAGAUCGAUAACUUGUACACUUAUUCGGCGUGCACCAAACAAUGCAGAAUGGAUACUGCGAUAAAGCUUUGUGGUUGUGUACCUCACUUCUACACUUCUGAUAUCAACUACAGACAAUGCACUUUGAUGGAAUUAGGUUGCAUUUCCGAUCACCUGAAGCAAAUCCGAGACGUGGAUAAGUGCAAAUGUUUCCUCGGUUGCUCGAAUACCGUUUACGAAGUGGAGAAACUCAACGAAUUUGGAUCAGAUGAACUUACUUCAUCUUUAGAAACAGAAUUCGUGUCCUGGCCAAUGGUCAGGUACAAAAGGGAGGUGCUUUUCGGAUGGGUCGAUCUUUUAGUUUCUUUCGGUGGUAUCGCCGGGUUAUUUCUUGGAUUCAGCCUAUUGUCUGGAGUCGAGGUUCUUUACUACUUCACGAUCAGAGCUUGCUGCAUGUUCUACAGGAAUAAAGAUGAGCUGUUGAAGAUCGAGGAAGAAGCCGAGCUGAAUAAGAAAACGGAUUACGAUCUGAGUCUCGUUCCGUAUUUCGUCAAGAAACCUAAAAAUCAAGGACGAUUGGAUGUGGCCAAGAGGAUGAAGCGAAGGAAGAACUUCAAUAAAGUCAACAUAGAACCGGUAAGUCCAUAUCGUUACCUUGACAACCUACGUGAUGUUACCAUGGAUUCAUUUGAUCACUGUCAAAUCCAUUGUUUUGUAGAAGGUGAUGAAGGUACGACCCAUGAACCCGGGCCAGGUGAUUCUUCCGCCGUUCGGCAUCGAGUACACGAAUUAACUAAAUAAAUUCGAUUUUAUUCAAUAGAGUACAAUUUUUUUGAGACGAUGCGCGCACGUCGUUCGUCUCUUAACAACAUAAUACAACAACAAAAUAAAAUAAUAAUAAUAAUAGGAC